CCUCGUCAUCCCGCGCCCAAAAUCUCAUUCAAAGGCCUAAUUAGAAACCCCCCAAAAAAAAAAAAAAUGUCGCAGCCGGAGCCGGUGAACAUUCUCUCCGACGACGACGAUGAAGACGACGUCGUUGCCAAAACCGGUUAUGCAAAGUACAACCGAACUGCUCCGAGAUCAGAAAACGACGUCGUCUGCAUCGACCUCUCAACUCCAUCCCCGUACUUCCCGACGAAGAAGAAGCAAAGAUUAUCAGACCACUCGGCUAAUUCAAAGCCUAGUUCGAGCAAUUCUACCGCUCCACUCUUCAUCCUUGAUGAUGACGUCACGCCGCAGAAGCAUCCUCCGGGAACCACCCCCACUCAGCCGGUCGUCACCGAGACUCCUCCGAAUUUUUCUCAUAUCUUCUCCUCCAAGCUUGAGGAGGCCUCAAUUCGCAAAUGCUCCUAUGGGUUGGAUUCCCCGCCAUCUGUUGUUGGGGAGACGCCAUUUUCGGAUAAAGUGUCCAAUUCUGAACAUGCAAAUGGUGGAUUCAGCAGCCGCAACUCCAGUUCUCAACCAUUGGCAGCGACAGCAGAUGCUGCAGGGGUUUUAUUUUCCGUCUACUCUCCCCCUGGGUUAAAUUCUCCUCCAUCUGUUGUUGAUGAGACACCAAUAUUGGAAAAAAUGUCCAAUUCUGAACUUGCAAUUGCUGAAUUCAAGCGCGUCGACUCCAAUUUUCAACAAUUGGCAGCAGCAGUAGAUGCGCCUGGGGCUUUAUUUUCUGACUGCUCGCCUCCUGAGAGUAGAUUGAUAUGUCUGCAGUCUGAUAAUGAGUCUGAGAGAGGAUUGGAAGCUCAGGAAGCUGAUGAAAGAACUGGUUUGAUAGUUGAUGUGGCAGAGGAGUUUGAACUGAGCUCCAGAUUUGUUGAAUCCACACUUUCUUAUGGUGAGGCUAAUCAAACGCACCUGGCAGUGGUCAGCUCCCUGCAUCCUUGUUCAUUGGAAUAUGAUCUAUCUCUGGUACAUGGUACUUUUGGUGAUGAGUCUGAUAGAAAGGAGCUCAUGGUUCAAGUGUCUGAACCAAAAGGCAAAAUCAAGAGUAAGGCCAUUUCAGAGAAAGGUUCAGAUAGUUCAAUCAGGAAAGGGAGGACGUCGAAGGAAGAAAGGCUUCUCCUGAAGGAAGAAAGGAAACAGCAGAAAGAACAAGAUAAACUGGAAAAAGCAUCUCAAAAGGCUGAAGCUGUUGAGUUGGUGAAAUUGCAGAAUGAAAAGCAAAAGAUCUACCUGGAAGAGGAGAAACUGGAAAGAGAAGCUCAAAAGGUUGAAGCUGCUGAGUCGGUAAAAUUGCAGAAAGAAAAGCAAAAGAUCUGCCUUCAGAAGGAGAAAUUGGAAAGAGCAGCUCAAAAGGCUGAAGCUGCAGCUUUGAAAAAACUGCAGAAAGAAGAGCAAAAGAUCUAUCGGCAGCAACAGAAAUUGGAAAGAGCAGCUCAAAUAGCUGAAGCUGCAGCAUUGAAAAAACUGGCAAAAGAAAAGCAGAAGUGGGAAAAAGGAAAGUUUGCCCAAAAAACAAUUGUGGCUCAAAUAGAUAGUAAAAUAGUUGAAAUGGGGUCAAUCGGAGGACAUCUGCUUACAAGGUUUGCAGAAAAGGGUCUCUCAUAUCGUAUAACGUCAAACGCAAUUGAAAGAUCUAUUGUGUGGACAAUACCUGUUCCAGAGCAAUUGGUGCAGAUUUCAUCUGAGGGCAUGGUUGUACCAUAUGUGUUACUCAUAUAUGGGGCUGAAGAAUUCUGCAAUCUCGUCAUGGGUGGAACACUUAUGGAUCAAGCUUCCAGGGUUCAAUACCAUUAUCCAAACCAUACGAUUUGUUACCUCACAAAUAGACUGAUGGCCUACAUAAAUAAACGGGAACAAGAUCAUUAUAAGAACCCCAGCAAAUAUGAAGGUUGGAAGCGCCCACCAAUAGAGGAGGUGUUGGCAAAAUUAGCCACUCAUUUUACUAGGGUGCAUUCAAGACUGUGUUGUGAUGAAGCUGAAUUAGCAGAACAUGUUGUUGGUUUGACUCACAGCCUUGCCUCUUGUCAGUAUAGGAAGAAGCCAACACCAUUAUCAGUGAAUGCAAAUGGCUCUCUUGUACCCAAGGAUUGUGCUGAUAGAAAUCUCAUAAAGAAGAAUACAUGGUUAAAAGCAUUGGUAGCUAUCCCUAAGGUACAACCACGGUUUGCCAUUGCUAUAUGGAAAAAGUAUCCCACAAUGAAAUCACUUUUGACUGUUUACAUGGAUCCGAGUAAAUCGGUGCAUGAGAAAGAAUUUUUGCUCCAAGAUUUGACUACAGAAGGUUUACUUGGUGAUGACAGAAGAUUAGGAGAGAUUUGUUCUAAGAGAAUUUAUAGGGUACUCAUGGCUCAAUGUGGGAACGUCAUUACUGAUGACGUUGAGCAUGGAGCUGAUUUUUUUUCGUUUACCAGCCCACUCUGCUGUUAAUGCUCCAGCAACUAGGCCGAUUGAAAGUUAUUUGGCAAGUGUUGUAUCCUAUUCGAAUGAGGAAAAGAUAUUACAAUCUUAUCAGUUGUGAACUGGAUAAAGCAGCAUGCGGCAGCGUAUUUAUCAAAUCAAUGUGGCCUCAACAACUUGUUGGAAGCUUUUCUGCUGUGAUGUCAGAUCAGUGGAGGUGAAAAGAUUUAGAUUAUCACCUUUCAGCUACGACUAUAUUGGCAUAUGUAUAUAUGUCUUUUGCUAACAUCAAUGUUGCAAAACCUUGUCCAAUUGACCUCUGCUAUUAUUUUCUAAUUGGAAAAUGAAGCAUUGUGGAAAACUGACUAAUAAGAAAGUUGAACUUUUUAUCACAAAUGCUUUGGCCCAUAUAUUUGGUGUCUAUCUCGCGAGCAUUGUAGUUUGUGCAUGUAAAGCACUUCACAUGCACAUAAAGCUGUGUUGAGACAAUAUCAGUUGGAGUCUCAUCUCAUAUAUUUUGUCUAGCUACUUUAUUAGAUUUUAAAGGACUUUCUGCAGUUACAAGUAAAUGCAGACGGAUACUCACUCUGGCGCAUGCUCCGUUCCUCAUGGAAAAGCAUGGGGAAAGAGAGGAAGAAACCGAACAGAGAUAAAUGCCAGAACUUCUCUCUUUUUCAAAAUCCAAUAGUUAUCUCAUUUAGGUGAUUCUACUUCACCAGCGUUCAAUAGUUGUUGGUUGAUUCAUGUUUGAUUCUGAUGUAGCACUUGAGAUAAUUGAUUGUUUGCUCAAGAACUUUGGCCAAAUAUGAUUCAAGAAUACUUUUUUGAAGGGAUGAUUUGCCUAGUUGAUAAUUAGUUCUCUGCAAAAAAGUGUAUCAAAGAAAAAGCUGAAUAAUGUUUCAAUCAAAACGUUCGUGCCUAUGAUAUCUACCCUAUUGCAGUGAAACUGAUCAAUGCAUAACAAGCUGAUGAGCGUUUGAGUUUUAGCAAAAAAUGGCUGGCAAGAUAGACACAAAAGGCCCGCAAACUUGAGCAAAGGAUAAAGGAAACAGCCGCACGAGGUUUAUUUUAUUGAACAGGUGGAGCUAGCCAGCACCCCCAUUGAUGCUGUCCCAGUCUCGGGUUCAACUCCAACUUGGUGCUGCAAUUGGUGGUGGGUGGUGGAGCCACCUAUACUUUACCUUAACUUUGCUGGCUCCCACAACCCAUCAUGACCAAACAUCGGUGGACUUUCCACCCUUUUUUUUUUUUUUUUUUUUUAUGCUAACAUCACUUUUCAUUGCAUGAUCAAAUCAUAGACACAAAAAUUACUUAAACACACGAGAGUCUCAACAAUCAUCUUCUCUUCUCCUCCUAAAUUUUUGAAAUAGUGAUCUAUUUUUUUUAGCUGAGAUGUGGAAUUUCGUUUUCUAAUUCAUUUGGAUCUUUGCUUCAUCAAGUGUUAGCUACCAUAUACUUAUAUCAACCCUAUGGCAUUCUGUUAACAGUUCACCAUAAACAAAAAGGAUGCAAUAGUACCAUUUUCAUUCCCCUUUCGAGCAGCCUUUCUUUUCAUAAAUGGCAUUGCUGUUCCAUGUGGCAGCAUGCCUUUGGCUCUGAGUGCUUGUUUGGUUUGCAAAUUAGGUAGGAUUAGUUAUUGUGGAUAAAGGCUUCUUAGAUUGAUAGUCUUUAGGUUCAUGUUUCAUUUAAGACACCCGUCUCGCAUUUUUCAUCAUAAUUGCUUGGAAUAAUUGGAUGAUUUCCUAGAAGCGACAGCACUAUUUUUUUUGUGUUGUCUCGAAAUGGUAUCGAAUUUACUACAUGUAUUUUAGGAAUACAUAAAUUUACACUAUUGUCAUCACUAGUCAAAUAAUUUUACAUUGUUGUUGAGUUUAAUUAGAACUUCAAUCCCAUAUCUAAUGGUCAACCAACAAAAAGCAAGAAGACAUGAUCAUAGCCAUCCUUCAGUGCUCUUGAUCUAGAAGAUUGGAAGUGUGAUAAACCAAUCUAUACAAAUUAUCUGUCACCGCAGAAAUCAUGGUACAAAUUUUUUAGUGCCAAUUUUUGUUGGUAUAUCUAAUGUGACUCCAUCUUGUAAUGAUGAGCACCAAUGGGUUUAAUGCUUCACAAUAUUAUUUGUAGAUAUUUUACUAGUUUAGUGCACACUUUGGUGAGAGAUACCCCCACAUCCAUUUAAUUCAGCCACUAUAUGUGUUCAUCCUAUGGUGCCGCUAUACACGAAUCUUGAUACAAAUCCUCUAAUAUUCAAAUCAAAGUCACAAUCAUGCCCCAUGCAGACCGCACUAGACACACAAACCUUUUGCAUGGGGUCCAUAUAUGUUUCCUCUCCUCCAUAUAUUUCAUUGUUAUGGGAGUAAAUGUUUCUCUCUACCACCAUAGGCAUAAGGAAGCUUCCCGUUCUCCUCUUUCUUUUUCAUCUAUCAUGGAGAAAAUGAAAUCAUUUCCCUAUUAUUCAGCAUCUUAUGCAGAAGCAAGAUUUGAUUUUGAAGACAGAAGCAAGUCAUAUAGCUUUAAUGGCCCUGGUGACAAUCCUGAGGUCAAGAGGAGAAAAAGAGUUGCAGCCUAUAAUAUGUAUACUAUGGAAGGCAAGCUCAAGUCCUCUCUGAGGAACAGCUUCAAGUGGAUCAAGAGUAAAUUCACAGAUACCUAUUAUGAUUCUUGAUCCAGAAACAAGAAUCACUCCUAAUAUAUCAUAUCUUCUUAAGGGUCUACCUUUUCUUUUCUUUUUUAAUGAGAUGGAGGAGGGCUUUGGAUGGUUCUGAAAGGAGCUGAGGUUUGCUGCUUCUAUAAAGAGUAAAUACUUUCAUCCUGGGCUGAGAGUUCCUUCAUCACUAUGAAUAUAUUGAGAAAAGUUGUGAACAAGGGUAUACAGCAUUAUUAGCUUUGAAAGCAUGGAAAAAUUAUGUUUUCAUGUAAUUUGAAUUAUGCGUUGGCUUGCUGUAAACAGACUAUAUAUAUAGUAUUUAUGUAGUUUUUUUUUCCUCUUUUUUGAACUUCAAGAAUUGUAAUAUUCGUACAUCAUGUACGAUGCUAAUGAAAUAAUUGGACAUACAAAUAUUUCCACUGGCGCAA